CGUGGUUUGCGCAUGUUACCCGACACUAUCAUUUUCUCUCUCUCUUUCUCUCUCUCUCUUCUUUUCUCUCUCUUUCAGUUACAGCAGCGAAAGCUAGCAGAGAGGAGCCAACAUCAAUGGCUCCCAACACUUUCGCCACGAAGCUAAGCAGAAACACAAACAGAAUCACAGUGAUCUUAGUCUACGCCUUCCUCGAAUGGCUUCUCAUGUUCUUCAUCUUCCUCAACUCCCUCUUCACUUGCUUCCUCGUCAAGUUCGCUUCUUUCUUCGGCCUCAAGCAAAUCUGCCUUCUCUGUCCGAAGCUAGAUCGAAUCUUUGACCAAAACUCGGAAAACAGAUUCACUUACAGAGAGCUGCUAUGUCCGAACCACGUCGCGGAGCUAGCAAGUCUCAGUUUUUGCAAAACGCACGGGAAGUUAUUAGCCGAGUCGGUGAGCUUGUGCUCGGAUUGUUCAGAUCGAGAGGAGCGGAGCAAUAUUGGUUUAGGGUUUUGCUCUUGUUGCGAGAAGAGCUUGGGAGAAAGACACUACCCUAAUUACUUGCUUAUCAAGUCAUCGGUCUGGGGGAAGACUUUUGUGGACAGAGAGAACAGAGGAUUGAUCUUGGAGAUGAUUGAUGAUGAUAAGAUUGGAGAUGGGUUUGAGAUAGAGAGAGAAUCAGAGUUCUUCAGAGAGAAACCAGAAGAAGGGAAGAGAGUAGAGCAGCAGCAAAAUGGUGAAGUGAUCUCAGAUGUGGAUAGCUAUGGUGUAAGCCUAAGAGAAGUGUCUGAGGAGGAUGGGUUAAGAUCUGUACACAGCAGUCAUUUUAUUGGGAAUGAAGAUGAGAUCCAUGAACCUGAACAAAUAGUUUUAGAGGAGAAACAAAGGGAUGUUGAUGACACAGGCGAUGUUGCUAUAGAAGGGGAUGAUAAAACUUCAGGGUGUGUGGAAGAAGUAGAAGAAACAGAAAGAGCAGUCUUGUUGGAUGACCAGCAUGGGAGCAAUAAUGAAGCUUUUGUCAGUGAAGAUCUGUCUGUUGGAGUUGAUCCUAUUCUAACAGGUAACCAAAAUGAAGAAGAAGAAAAAGAUCAAGAAGAAAAGCUUAAGGAGUAUCCGGAAACUCCAACUUCAGAGGGUAGUUUACUCCACAAGAAACUUCUUUUUCUUUCCAAAAAUGAUUAUGCAGCUGCUGAAGAUGCAAGAGAUGUGAGCAUACCAGUGAGUGAUACGGACGGUGACGACCCUAUAAGAACCAUCGAACGUCUGAAAGAGACAGUGAGAUCAGAACAAGAAGCACUGAGAGGCUUAUACGCAGAGCUGGAAGAAGAGAGAAGCGCGUCUGCUAUAGCAGCUAACCAGACAAUGGCGAUGAUCACGAGGCUACAAGAAGAGAAAGCCAAAGUUCAGAUGGAAGCCUUGCAGUACCAGAGAAUGAUGGAGGAACAAGCCGAGUACGAUCAAGAAGCCUUGCAGCUGUUAAAUCACCUGAUGGUUAAAAGAGAGAAAGAGAAGGAAGAGCUUCAGAGAGAGCUUGAUGUUUUUAAGGCUAAGGUUUUGCAGUAUGAGAAGAACAAAACCAAAUGCGAGGUUACUGAUGAUGAUGAUGAUGAUAAGAAGGAGGAGGAUAACUGUUCUGAGACGGAUGUGGAUUUGGAGAAGAUAACGUUGGAUUGUGUAAAACAUAUGGGGAUGCUUGAUGAGUCUUUAUCAGAGUUUGAGGAAGAGAGGUUAGUGAUUUUGGAUCAGCUUAAGGUGUUAGAGGACAGGCUAUUGACAAUGCAAGACAAAGAAUCUGCAGGAGAGUUCAGCAAUAGUUACGAAGGAGAGAGUUAUGAACACGAAGAAGGACUAACAAUGGCAUCGAUGGCAAAGAGUCUGCUUCCUCUUCUAGACGCUGCGGAGAACGAAUCAGAAGAUGAGUAUCAAGAACAACAGGAAUCAGUUGAGAAGAGCGUUGGCUGUGAAAGUGAGAAGCUAGAGAUCAUCAAACAAGUUGAUAGUGUCUACGAGAGGCUACAGGUGCUGGAAACAGAUGGAGAGUUUAUGAAAAGCUGUAUGAGUUCGACGAAGAAAGGUGACAAAGGAACGGAUCUUCUUCAAGAUAUAUUGCAGCAUCUCCGUGAUCUCAGGAACAUUGAACUCACUGACAAAAUCGAGAACCAGACAAAGCAUGAGGACGAAUGAUGUUUUCUUUACAAGAGUUCCAAACUUUAUGAUCACAGUUAUUCAGAGAGGUUUCAAGAAUCGGAAUCAAUGUUUCUCAAGUGGAGGAGGAUCUGAGUGUUUCAGAAAUUCUUAGAUGUGUUCUUGUUUGUGUCCUCUUUUGUUUUUGUUUGGACUAAACAAAAAGGUUUUCACGUUAGUCUUUGGAUUUGUACCUGUACCUGUCAUGUAAAGUGUUUGUGUUUCUUGUAGUUCAUGAGAGUUUUCAAGUUGGAGAAAAGGAAAUGCUCAUA